AUGGCUGAUGCUCGAGCACGACCACCAAACCCUGCAACUGGCGGAGUAGAAACCUCGGGUAUUCACAAUAUGGCCUCGGGCUCGAGAUCGGUCGCUAUGGAUUCCAGUGAAAUUGCUCGGAUCAUUCAAGAAGGAAUUACAGCUGGCCUGCAACGGAGUGCUUGGGGGCCAACAGGUUUCACCCCUAACAUUCCAUUCACACCAGAGAUAUUGUCAUAUCCCUUGCCCAACAGAUUCAAAUAUCCCCGCAUUAAAGAGUAUGAUGGGACGUCCGACCCCAUCAACCAUCUCAAUGUAUAUACUAAUGUCAUGAACUUGCAAGUUGCACCGGAUCAGCAAGCAAAUCAGGAAGACUGCAGCCUCCGUCAUACAACUACGGGGCCGAAUGAAACCCUACGAGGUUUUAUGACAAGAUUUAACAAGGAAAGACUUCAAAUACCCGACCUCCAUAUUACAGCAACAGUUUCUGCCCUCACCUAUGCCAUAAGGUGUGAGGCCUUCAAAAUGUCUUUAUCAAAGACCCCACCACAGACAGUGACCAAGCUCCUUAACCGAGCUGAAAAGUACAUCAAUAUGGAGGAGACAUUGAAUCCAAGGAGAGCUGGUCCCCUUCAUGAAAAGGUCGAAAACAAGAGGCAACAUGAUCCCGUUCCCCAGCAUGAGCAUUCUCGAGAAAAGCGUAGAAAUGAGGCGCCCUCAGGAUCUCUAACUCGGUUGAACACCUCUAAAAUAAACAUCUUGAUGGCGAUUAAGGAUAUGAAAGAAUUAAAGUGGCCUUCAAGGAUAAAGUCGCCUCGUGACACAAGAAAUAGGAGCAAAUAUUACGAAUUUCAUCGGGAUCAUGGGUAUACCACGGAGGAUUGCCAAGUUUUACAGCGGGAGAUCGAAGCUCUCAUUAAAAGAGGAUUCUUAAGGAAUUACAUUGGACAUGAUAAAUGCCCGAGGAAUGAUCGUGACAAUCGGAAAGAGCUUGGAACCGGAAGCAAUGCUCAACCCACUACCGGGACAAUUAAUAUUAUCGUCGGGGGCAUAACAUCUGGAGGAGACACAAAUAGUGGGCGAAAGCAGUAUGCCCGCCAACAUGCUCAUACCCCAAUGGAAUCCCGUGAUGAAGUCAGAGACAUCACUUUUGGAGCAAGAGAUAUGGAAGGAAUAUCAUAUCCUCACGACGAUGCCUUGGUCGUCUCUGCAGUUGUGGCUAACUUCGAAGUAAAGAGGAUCCUGGUUGAUAAUGGGAGUGCAGCAAAUAUACUCUCCCAGGAGGCUUUCGCCAAAAUGGGGAUCUCUCCCAAACAGCUCAAAGCAGUAAAAACUCCUCUAUAG